AUGAGGGUCCUCGGAGCUCUAAUAUUCGGCGCGUUAGCCCAAGAGAGUGACGAGUGGUCCGACUGGACAGAAUGGUCGGCUUGCGAGAAGGGUGUUUACAAGCGGGUCAGAAGAUGUCACAAUAUGCAAGAAGGGAGAGCUUUCAACAGAGUUGCCAACGAUGCUUGUGGCGGACACUACCAGGAAUACCGAAGCUGUGCUCGUAGAACCCCUUGUCUAAAUGGAAAUGGAGCUGACUACGACGGCACUAACUUCAAAACAGAAAAUUACAACACUUGUGAUAGAUGGGAUCAGCUCUCUGAAGAGGAUCAUCAUAUGCCUACCGAUUCAAUCCACCAUAACUUUUGCCGAAAUCCCAAUGACGCGGACCGACCAUGGUGCUAUGUUAACGGAACCGUUGAGUUUUGUGAGAUAACUCCAUGCGAUGAAGCUCAGACUUUGAAAAACACUUUCCAUCAGUUAGAAAGCGACGAAGAGAAAGAACUCGAUGCCGGACCGGUUGCUAGUACAGAUGACAUCGAAAGCGGCACUGCAUCAACAAAUAAUAUUGGGUGUUGCCCCACAUUAAUCCUUUGUGGAAAUGCCGAAGAUCACAGUAUGGUCACUGGGAGUUACGUGUACAACGACCGCGGUCGAUACUAUCGACAUCAGUCACGAAACGUGUAUUUCUACUACGAUCGUCGUUUCAAAAAAUGGCUUCUGUCUACAAGCAUGUACGACUCCGAAGUCCACGGUUACCUGGACGAGUCGGUUGAUUGCCCUGCGAUGGCGAUUUCAUCCUUGAAAAUGGCAAAGAUGGUUAAAGGAAGAGCUGAAUUCAUCGAGUCAGCGAUCAAUAUUGGCUGCUCGAGAGCUUCGAAGAGCCAAGUCUACCAAUGCAGUCUCCCAGAAGUACACCCUGAGAUUUCAACUCCCGUCGGACCUGCUGGCCUUCAAGGAAACACAAGAUCUAUUGUUAGCCCGAGUGAACAUUACAAGGAGUUCUCCAGAAUCAUGGGAGGCGUUCAUGUGGAAGAGGCUGUCCCUGGCUCAUGGCCUCAUCAAGUCUCUUUACAAGGACCAAGUGGGCAUUUUUGUGGCGGUUCGCUGAUUAGCCCGGAUUAUGUGCUUACAAGUGCCAAAUGUGCAUCAAUGAUGGGUGAUAAAGGUUUCUCCGCUGUCAUGGGCUUGCAUAAUCUCGAAGAAAAUAAUCAUCAAGAAAUCUGCGUUCAAGAGACAAUCAUUCAUCCUGAUUACAAUCCAGAUACAAGCGCACAUGAUAUUGCUCUCGUCAGGCUUUCAUGGUCAGCGAAGCUUGAUUCUUGGACGAACCCAGCUUGUGUGAUUGAAGGAGAAAUUCCUCCAGAUAUUCUCUGCGUGGCAACUGGAUGGGGAUCUGCCAAGAACGAAGCGUUGUUCUAUCCAACACGACUUCAACAGUACCCAAUUUCAUUCCACAGGCCUUGCUCGACUGAAGACACUCUUUGCUCGGGAACUGGAGGCAUCGGUGUCUGUACUGGAGACGUUUCAUCGCCUUUGACCUGCUUUGUGGGAGGAAAAUGGCUCCUUGCUGGUAUAUCCACUCAGCGAGAAGAAUGCAAGGAUGUUUCGGUCAAUCGAAACUAUUUCACCAAGGCGGCUUUUUACAACGAGUGGAUUCAAACCGUUAUGAAAGAAGGUCAAGCUGUUGCUGAAUGGACACAGUGGACAGAGUGGUCUAAGUGCUCCAGAGAAUGCGGGGUCGGACUCAAAUUCCGCAGGAGAACGUGUGAAGGACGUGGCGCUUGCGAAGGCGUUGGAGAACAAAGUGAAACCUGUAUGUCUGGAAGAGAAUGCAGUUCUCUUUCCCAUCCACAGUGUGCAAAGGGAAUUAAUUUCGACAAUGGAAACGAUAGCCUUACAGCACGUAGAAUCAAUUCCCGUAUCGUUGGGGGAAUUACAGCAGAUCAAAGAGAGUGGCCAUGGAUCGUGAUGGCAGCAGAUCGCAAUAAAGGUAAAAUGGGUCAGUUCUGUGGCGCGACUAUUAUUUCUGAGCGAUGGCUGAUCUCUGCUGGGCAUUGCUAUGUCACUAGCUGGUCAGAACCAAACCCAGCUAGGUAUUCAUUCUAUGCUGGUGUCCAAAAACGAUACGGCAGCGAAGAAUACGAGCAAGCUUUUGGCAUCGAAGAAAUUAUUUGUCACGAGAAAUACCAAAUGGCAACGAAUACCAUUGUGAAUGACAUUUGUCUUCUCAAGACGGACAAACCAAUCCAGUGGACAGAUAGAGUCAAACCGAUUUGUCUCCCUGAGCAAGUUGGCGGUCCUGAUAUUGGAGAGUUCUGCAAAGUUGCUGGAUGGGGAGACACUAUGGGCACUCCGGGUUUAAAUCAGUUCAACUUGAAUGAAGUCGCUGUCCCAAUUAUCUCAUACGAAACUUGCCAAAACUGGUAUGAUGAUGAGAUGGUGCGUAUUUACGAAAAAGAACAUCUAUGCGCUGGUUAUGAGCAAGGAACUAUGGAUGCCUGCCAAGGAGAUUCUGGCGGGCCGUUUGUCUGCUAUGACCAGCAAGAAAAUGGUUCGAACGACCCCUAUCUUCAGGGCGUUGUCUCAUUUGGAGUAGGAUGUGCCGAUGCCAAAAACCCGGGUGUUUACACCAGGAUAACCUCAUAUUUGGAUUUCAUUUCAAACAUUAUCGUCGACGCUUGCGCUGCUGAGCCAUGUGAGAACGAUGGAGUCUGCACACUUGUUGGAGCAGCGGACUACCGAUGUGAGUGCAAAACGAAUUUUAGUGGAAGACACUGUGAAAUUGACGAAGUUGCUCUCGAAAUCGGUUGCAAGGAUGAUCCAUGCAAAAAUGAUGCCACUUGCAUCACCGAACUUAACUCCUACAGAUGCGAAUGUGAGCUUGGAUGGGCUGGAAGACUGUGUGACCGAGAAGUUCCGCAGUGCGAGGUCAUGUUCCAAGAAUCUACUGAAACAAGAUUCAUUGGACUUGGACAGCUUGGGAUUUCCCUUGGAGGCGGCGGUGGUUUCCGAGGCAAACGAGCUGCAAACUCGACACAUGGACUGGGAAGAUCUCUCAUGUCAAUGGGAAUCGAUCGAGGAAUUCCUCAAAUGGCAGAUAGAAUCGUUGGUGGUGAAGUAUCUGUUGCUGGCGCAUGGCCUUGGAUUGUUCAAAUUGCUGACAAUUACGGCCAGUACUGUUCAGGUGUAAUCAUCGACAAACACUUUGUACUGACAGCCAAGCCUUGCGUCACAAAUAGCAAGCCUGAGGACUUAUAUGUCAUUGUUGGCGGAUUCCAGAUAAACACCGAUGAAGCUACUCGUGCGGUUCACACAAUUUCAAGUAUUACUUGCAAUACAAACGUGAUUAAUCUGGCUGAUGGAAUCUGCGUUCUUCACAUUGCUCAAGAGAUGUACUUUAACAACUAUGUCCAGCCAAUGUGCCUUCCAGACGAGGACAUAAAGUUCAGUGAAGGAUCUCGAUGCUACAUGGCUGGAUGGGGAGAAACCAUGCUUGACGGAAACAACAACAUGCUUCAUGAGCUCGACAUGCCACUUUUCAGCGAUACUUUGUGCAAAAAUCACUUCAUGCAGAACAACAUUCGAGGCUACUACAAUGAUAUUCACAUGUGUGCAGGAUAUUUUGACCAUAGAGGUGCCUGCACAGGUGAUGCUGGCGGACCUCUCAUGUGUCUCCAUGGUGGCAUGCCAUAUUUAGCUGGUAUUCUCUCUUGGUCUGAAGGAUGCCGACUUGAAAGUACCCCUGCUGUUUUCUCUGACAUCAGUUUCCAGAAAGAGUUCAUUGAUUCUGUUGUUGGGAAUCCUUGCAUUGGAGAACCAUGUCAGAACGGAGGUCACUGUGAAGAAAAUGCUGCGGGCGGUUACACUUGUCACUGUGUCGAUGAUUACUCCGGCGAUACUUGUGGAGUUGACCUCAAAAUGAUUGAUGACUGUGCUGCCGAACCUUGUCAGAAUGGAGGCGUUUGUGAGGACGACAUCGGUGGAUACAUUUGCACUUGUCCAGAGGGAUUUUAUGGCCAAUCAUGUGAGAACGCUCAAACAUUCUGUAGAGAUUCGGAUGUCUUCAUCACUCAAGGCCCUCGAGCAACAUACCCAUGGGCAGCAUUCUUGAUUAUGCAGGCUGGUCGGUCUAAUGUUGGAACUCCUUUCUGUACAGGUUCCAUUAUUGAUGACCGGCAUAUUCUUACAACUGCAAGCUGCGUAUUCAGUACUGACAAGAGCUUAAUCGGCAUUCAAUAUGGAGUGGAAGGACCGAAACCAGUUCUCAGUGAAGCAGUCGAUGAAGUCUUUAUUCAUCCAUUAUACUCAUUCUAUGAGUUCAACAGCAAGGCCGCAGAUAUUGCCAUAAUCCGAUUAUCUCACACAAUUGAGUUCAACAACUUUGUUCAACCAGCUUGUCUAUCUGACGAAGUUGAAACUGCCGUUGGAAAGCAAUGCAAGGUACUCGGUAUUCAGGGAGAUGGAAAUAUUGGAGAAUCGAAUGUCAACAACAUCGGACUGGAUUACUGUGAAAAAUGGAACCCAGCAUUUGCUCUCAAAAACACUCACCACAAAUGCUUUACGUAUGCCGACUCUAAUAGAGAUAUUUGCAAUAGCGGUGUCGGCGCAUCCGUCUGGUGCGUCGAUGAGCUGAUGCAGCCUGUUAUUCACGGCCUAACAGCAUUUGGCCAGUCUUGCGACGAAGAAGGAACACCAGGCGUCUCAACCAACAUUGGAUAUUUCCAUGCCUGGAUCAAACAGAUCCUUUCUCACGGCGAAGCUAGCUGUGCUGAUAGCGACUGUGAAGGUGUCUGCGUUGAACAAAAGUACAAUGAUGAGUUUAUUGUUCAAUAUCCCGGCUACAUUUGCCAGGGAGAAAAUCCUUGUGAAGAUGGGGUCGAUACAUGUCCAACUCAAAGUACCUGUAAUGCUAAUCCUGAUGAGGAAACUGGCUUCUCAUGUGACUGCGCACUUGGUCUUAGACUGGACGAAGACAUGUGUGUUGACGUUGACGAAUGUUUGGAAAACGUUUGUGGCGAAAAUCAAACUUGUGUAAAUAACGAGGGAUCUUACGACUGCAUAUGCAGUGAUGGAUUCGAAAACACUGACUCUGGAUGUGUUGAUAUCAAUGAAUGUCUUGAGGAAGGUACUUGUGGCGAAGGCGCUAUCUGUACAAACAACCUCGGAGCGGCAGCGACUUGCUCAUGCCCAGAAGGCCUUGAAGGGAAUGCUUACAAAAAGUGCGAACAUCCUCCACAGUUCUGCAAUCACCCUAGGGUUGACGGUGCUGUGACAGGAAAUGUCGUUCUCACUGGAUGUCUUCCACCAUUCAAGGAUGGUUCUGUGUGCAGCCCGCGAUGUGGCCGAUCCGGAUAUGUUAUCAACACAGGAGUCGAUGCUAUCACCUGUAACUGUAUCGCUCCUGAUGGAGGAUGUGAGUGGGAUGGCAAAGACAUUGCGUGCGUUAAUCAGAAACGAAUGACAACAGUUCCGCCAACUACCACAACUCAAAGUACUAUCCCAACUCUUGCACCAGCGUGCGCCGCACUCAAUGAGCUUUACCCAAGCUUCCCAAAAGUAAGACUUGAAUGUGACACUGUAGAUGGUCGGCCCACUGAUCGCGCCUCAUGCAAGGUGUUCUGUGUUACCGGCGGUGCAAGAAGCUCGAUGAACGAGGUUAAUUGCUCAUGCAAAGGAUCCAAAUGCAAAUGGCUCGAGUGGAAGGAACUCAAGAAAAAUGAAAUUGAAUGUAUCGAUCCAAAUGCACCGAAGGAACUAGUUGGCUGCAAUUUGAAGAAAGAGAUUGGCAAAUACAUGGGAGAAGGGGUUGUUCUUGGAUGCGAUAAUAUAAUCUCAAAAUCUUGCCCAGUUACAUGUGCUGAGCGAUCGUUCACCCCCGACUUCAAAAAACUUAACUGUAAAUGUAAAACUAAAAAGGGUAAAACCAAGUGCAAGCUGAAGGAGGCGAAAAAAGUUAAAAAGAAGGGUCUUACAUGCGGUAACGGCGUCGGCCGCAAGCGAAAGAUUGGUCGAAACACCCGACCGCGCUUAGACGACUUUUCUUGCCCCAAUCCAUACGAAAAGUAUGGAGAGUCAUUUGAAUAUGGCGUCUUGAUGGAAUGCGAUAACUUUGAAGUUGGAGGAAAAUGCAAUCUUUCAUGCAACGGAACUCCAACAGGGCCGGUUAAAUAA